AUGGCUCGUGGUGAUGCCCGUGGUCCCUUGAUCAGUGUUUAUCAAGAGUUGAAAAGUAAAGCUAGAGAUGCAGUUAUAGCACUGAUUGAUCAAGAACGUGAGGGUGAGCAGAUUGAUAGAGCGUUAUUGAAGAACGUGCUAGGCAUAUUUGUUGAAAUUGGAAUGGGGGAGAUGGAGUUCUAUGAAAAUGACUUUGAAGAUGCAAUGCUUAAAGAUACAGCAGCGUAUUAUUCUCGAAAAGCAUCAAACUGGAUUGUGGAAGAUUCUUGUCCAGAUUAUAUGUUGAAGGCAGAAGAGUGCUUGAAAAAAGAGAAGGAUAGAGUUUCUCAUUAUUUGCACUCAAGCAGCGAGACAAAACUUCUGGAGAAAGUGCAAAAUGAAUUAUUGGUUGUAUAUACCAAUCAAUUGCUUGAGAAGGAGCAUUCUGGAUGCCGAGCUUUGCUUAGAGAUGAUAAGGUAGAGGAUUUAUCUCGAAUGUAUAGGCUAUUCCACAGGAUCCCUAAAGGUUUGGAACCAGUUGCAAAUAUGUUUAAGCAGCAUGUCACUGCUGAAGGCAUGGUGUUGGUCCAACAGGCUGAAGACUCAGCAAGUAACAAGGCUGAAAGUUCCAGUGGUUCACAGGAGCAGGUCUUUGUUAGGAAGGUUAUUGAACUGCAUGACAAAUAUAUGGCAUAUGUGACCGACAGUUUUGCAAAUAACUCUCUCUUUCACAAGGCUUUGAAAGAGGCAUUUGAGGUCUUCUGUAACAAAAUUGUUGCUGGCUGUUCUAGUGCAGAGCUCCUUGCCUCUUAUUGUGAUAAUAUCCUUAAGAAGGGCGGGAGUGAGAAACUCAGUGAUGAUGCUAUUGAGGAGACAUUAGAUAAGGUGGUCAAGCUUCUUGCGUAUAUCAGUGACAAAGACCUUUUUGCGGAGUUCUACAGGAAGAAGCUUUCUCGGCGACUGCUUUUUGAUAAAAGUGCCAAUGAUGACCAUGAAAGGCUUAUCUUAACAAAGUUAAAGCAGCAGUGUGGUGGGCAGUUUACGUCAAAGAUGGAGGGAAUGGUGACGGACUUGACUUUGGCGAAGGAAAAUCAGAGUCACUUUCAGGAAUAUCUUAGUAACAACUCGGCAGCUAAUCCUGGAAUUGAUUUGACUGUCACAGUUCUUACAACUGGCUUUUGGCCUAGUUAUAAAUCUUCUGAUCUGAGUCUCCCUGUGGAAAUGGUGAAGUGUGUAGAAGUCUUCAAGGAAUUUUAUCAGACGAAAACGAAACACAGGAAAUUGACCUGGAUUUAUUCACUGGGUACAUGCAAUAUCAAUGGCAAGUUUGAAUCAAAAACUAUUGAACUUAUUGUGGGAACUUACCAGGCUGCUGCUCUAUUACUGUUUAAUGCUUCAGAUAGAUUGAGUUACUCAGAUAUCAAAAGUCAGUUAAAUUUGGCUGACGAUGACUUGAUCAGAUUGCUUCAAUCCCUGUCAUGUGCCAAGUAUAAAAUUCUAACCAAAGAGCCUAGCAAUAGAACUGUUUCGUCAACGGAUCAUUUUGAAUUUAACUCCAAGUUCACUGACAGAAUGAGGAGGAUUAGGAUCCCUUUGCCUCCGGUGGAUGAAAGGAAAAAAGUGGUUGAGGAUGUUGACAAGGACAGACGUUAUGCAAUUGAUGCUUGUAUUGUGCGCAUUAUGAAGAGCCGGAAGGUGCUUCCUCAUCAGCAGCUCGUGUUGGAGUGUGUUGAGCAAUUGAGCCGCAUGUUUAAGCCUGAUUUCAAAGCAAUCAAAAAGAGGAUUGAAGAUCUUAUCACUCGUGACUACUUGGAAAGAGACAAAGAGAACCCAAACUUGUUCAAGUACUUGGCCUGAGACAACAAGCUGAUACCUUGGUGAUAUUGACUUCUCUUGGCACUAGAUGGAAGUGAGUACAGCUGGAUUUGAUUGUUAGCCAAGGAAAUAGCAGCGAUAUUUUUUUGACCUUUGCCUGAGUAUAUCACCACUUUUUUUCAGAAGUUGGUGGCACUUGAAUUCCCCUUUCAGUAAAUAUUUCAGCCGUGCACUUUUUUUCCUUGAUAUUCCUGAUUGUCACUUAAACGCCACAUCUUUGUGUAAAUCUUAUGCUUUGGUGUUUCUA